CAGGUACUUCCGGUCGGGGCGGCGGCGGUGGCGGAAGUGGGAGCGGAGCCGGAGUCUUGGCCAUAAAGCCCGAGGCGGCGGCGGCGGCGGCGUCGGAGGCUCGGAGAGCGCCCAGGAGCCGGCCGGACCCGCGACGUGGACUCGGCCCGCGCGCCCGCCCCCCUGCUCGCACACCCUCGUCGGCGGGAGCCCCCCGCGCAGCGGCCGAGUUGGCAAGAUGACCUCCAGGAAGAAAGUGUUGCUGAAGGUCAUCAUCCUGGGAGAUUCUGGGGUCGGUAAGACAUCCCUCAUGAACCAGUAUGUGAACAAGAAAUUCAGCAAUCAGUACAAAGCCACAAUAGGAGCAGACUUCCUGACCAAGGAGGUGAUGGUGGACGACAGACUAGUGACGAUGCAGAUCUGGGACACGGCGGGGCAGGAGCGGUUCCAGUCCCUCGGGGUGGCCUUCUACAGAGGCGCAGACUGCUGCGUGCUGGUGUUCGACGUGACCGCCCCCAACACCUUCAAGACCCUGGACAGCUGGAGAGACGAGUUCCUCAUCCAGGCCAGCCCCCGGGACCCCGAGAACUUCCCCUUCGUCGUGUUGGGAAACAAGAUCGACCUCGAAAACAGACAAGUGGCCACGAAGCGGGCACAGGCCUGGUGCUACAGCAAAAACAACAUUCCCUACUUCGAGACCAGUGCCAAGGAGGCCAUCAACGUGGAGCAGGCCUUCCAGACCAUCGCGCGGAACGCGCUCAAGCAGGAGACAGAGGUGGAGCUCUACAACGAAUUCCCCGAGCCCAUCAAACUGGACAAGAGCGACCGGGCCAAAGCCUCGGCGGAGAGCUGCAGCUGCUGAGGGGCGGCGGGAGCAGGCACCGAGCCCUCCACCACCAGGAACACGCCCAGGCCUUCCGACACAGCCCCGCCCAGCCAGCCUCAGAGCCCCCACAGCCCCGCACACACCGCCCACCCCGCCCGCGCCCGGCAGGGCCCCCUAAGGGCCUGUGGCCGCAUCAGCCUUGUGGGGGGGGGACAGGAUGCGGCCCGGCCUCAGAAGCCCAUUCUCGUAGUCCACUGGAGAGAGAACUGUUUACAGUUAAUCUGUGUCGAAUUAGUUCCCGGGUUUUUUUUAACGGUCUCGUGAUCUCUCUGCCCCGGCCCCCGCCCCCGCCCCGUGAAGGCCCCUUGGGAAGGCUGGUGCCCCCUGCUCGCCACAGGCCCGCCAGUCUGAGCAGGCUGAGCUUUGUACGUACCUGUUAAUGCUUGUUACUUUUAACUAAUCAGAUCUUUUUACAGUAUCCAUUUAUUAUGUAAUGCUUCUUAGUAAAGAAUCUUAUAGUACAUGUUAAUAUAUGCAACCAAUUAAAAAAAAUGUAUAAAUUAGUGUAAGAAAUUCUUGGAUUAUGUGUGGAAGUCCUGUGACGCAGGCGUGUGGGAUGCGGGUCGGCCCGGCCGGCUCAGUGUCCCGCAGCAGGCCCGGCCGGGCCCGCCUCCGUCAGAGACCCGAGAGCCUAGAAGCUGUUUCAGUCUCUCCAGGGGGAAGCUGGCUAGUUCCCUUCUGCAUCUAAAUUUCCCAAAAGGUGGAUCUGCAUACUAUGUGCAAUGGAGAAGUGGCUGUUGUUACUGAAAUUUGAAUUUUUUUUUCUUUUUAUUUCCCCCCCCCCCCCCCGCGCUACACUUCAAACUCCCUGUUAGAUAGAAGCGCCCUACUCGUAAGCAGGAAAGGAAAACCCUCACAGAUCUGUCUGGUGGUUCUACCUUUGUUCUAGAAGGCGCUCCCGUUGAGGUCGUGAUCCCGUAGGUUAGCUGCCCUCUCCCCCUCCCCCACCCGCCCCAUCACGACCAGCGAACGUCCCUUCGGUGUGGCGCCCGGGUGCCCUUCGCCGUAGCCUGCGUGACGGAGCUCCUGCCCCCCAGAGGUCUGCACUAGGCUGUGGGCUGAGUUCUUCUGUAGAGAUGAACAUGAUGCCAAUAAAAUGUCAUGAGAACAAAGA